AUGCGAAAUGUACAGGCUAGAACACUACCUUCUCCUUCUGGAUUGCUGCAGUUGAUGCUUGGCCUUAUAAUGAGAAAAUACCUUCUUGCUUGCGACAUCCGAUUUACACAGUCACGAGACUGCUAUAUCAAGCAAGAUAUUGGCAGACUGCCGGAUGGAACCACAUAUUGCCGUGUCGUUCAAUCUUCCACGGAAAAGAUCGUAAGCCGAGUGUUUUUCAUCAAAAAACAAUCUGCGAACUCAAACACAGGAGGACAGUCCCCGAAGAAAAUACCUAAUUCGACUAUAUAUCUUUCUCCAUUAUCCCGUAUCAAAGACACGGUAGAUAUCACGCCUCAAUUUCAAGACUGUCAUGGAAUGGGUCUCAUUCUAUUCACAACGGAAAAAUCUUUUACAAGGAAGUCUUGUAGCGACUGA